UUUCCCACUUGGGUCGCGACGUUAGGCUGGCGCCGGUAUUUUACGGCACAACAGCCCCAACUUACCCAUCAUAGGACAUCACAGAAAUCAUGGACAUUAGCAAGAAGCAAGUUGGAUUUAUUGGUGCUGGCAAUAUGGCCAAGGCUAUUGGGAGAGGCAUCAUUCAGGCAGGGCUACUAGACGCGUCUCACGUGCACGCCAGCGCCCCCAGUGAGACGAAUCUCAAGGAGUGGGCGUCCUGGGGCGCUAAAACGACCAACGAUAACUGUGAUAUCCUGGAGCUCUGCGACGUGGUCUUCCUGGCGGUGAAGCCGCACCUGCUGGAGCGCUCGCUUGACGGCGUGCUCGGCAGGAUGAGCGCGGACCAGCUCAGCCGCGUCGAGAAGUCGGACAAGUUCUUUGUCUCGGUCAUCGCCGGGCUGAAGGUGGACCGCGUCGAGCAGAUCCUGCAGCAGAAGCUGGGCGUGUCGUCGGCGUAUGUGAUACGCUCCAUGCCCACUACGCCGUGCCUGGUCGGAGAGGGCCUCUGCGCGUACACGCUACCCCGGAGCAAGCGGGAGGCGCCGCAGUACUCCGAGUUCGCGGAGCGCGUCUACUCGUCGGUCGGCCGCUGCAAGAGGCUGGAGGAGGCGCAGAUUGACGCCGUGGGCGGCGCAUUCGGCAGUGGCACGGCCUUCGUGUUCACCUUCAUCGACGCCAUGGCCAGUGGCGCUGUCAAGAUGGGCCUGCCGUGGGCCACGGCCCGUGAGAUGGCGGCGCAGACGGUGCUGGGCGCCGGAAAGAUGGUGCUGGAGACGGGCCGCCACCCGUGCCAGCUGCGGGACGAGGUCUCGUCGCCAGGCGGCGCCACCAUCGCCGGCCUCCACCCGCUCGAGGAGAGCGGCUUCCGCGCCGGGAUUGUGUCGGCUAUUGAAGCAGCUGUGAAGAGAAGCGGCGAGCUGGGCAAGAACUGACGAAUGCAAGGGUCAUAAGCGUCAUAAGACAUUGAGAUCUAAGACAAGACAUUGCAAGAUGCACGACGUCAUUCCACAGGAAGAUACGCUCCGUGAACAAAAAUCACAUUCCGUCAUAAGAAUGCUGGUGAAGAAACAGACGGUGCCGGGGUUGCGCGUGGGGAUACAGUUUGUUUCGCUGAGGGAGAUGGGCGCGCGGUUAUCAUGAUUCUGAGAAUUGGCGAGUCGUUUUGUGGCGAUGUAGAGCGACGUGUGCCAUGUACAAUAGCUGUUUUGAUAAUUUUUUGAAGAACUGGCGUAGUUAUACACACAUUGCGUUACACCUGUCGCAUACAAUACAGGGAGCCGUGCCACCGAAA